AUGUGGUCAGCGCUGGCAUGGCUUCUUUCGCUGGCCUCUGGCUUUGACAUCGAAGCGCACGAUGCUGUGGGGCAGACAUGCGCAAGUGCAAUGGACCAGGAAGCCAUCAAGCAGAUUAAGAGAAUGAUGGGUGGUCAGGAUGCAUCCGAUGUUGCUGGUUGGGGACACCAGGUGCAUGACACCUAUCCGGAUACGGCAAGACUGCACUUUCAGGUUCAUGAUGAUGCUGUGGGAGGCUUCUGUGGCGAGAAGAGAGCUUCAAAGUGCCAGGACAACAUUUGCCUGCUCGAAGCCAUCAAGCAUUUCUACGGCAAGGUAUUGUCCGAUGAAGGCAGAAGGAUCGAUUACCCUGCCAUCGACUAUAACAAGGUGGCUAAGGGCAUAAGGUUUUCUGAUGCAGACUUUCUGAAAAUGCUCAUCAAUCUCAUUGGUGACUUGCAUCAGCCUAUGCACGUUGGAUAUGCUCAAGACGACAACGGCAGGAGCGUGAAAGUGAAGUUUCGAGGUUCCCUCAUGUCCCUCUACGAGGUCUGGGACAAGGCCAUCUCCGAGGCGGUUCGGACAGAGGAGAGCAACUACUGGCUCGGCGGCUGGACGCACGUGAGAGCGGUUAGCAGCGAGUGGGACUUCGACAAGAGGAAGUGGAAGGAGGACGGUGCCUUCAAGAGCUUCGAGCGGUGGAUGGACGAGGCUGUCCAGUUCUCAUGCAAGAAGGCCUACGUGCACCCACUGACUGGCCAGAGGCUGGCAGGCCCCGAGGCUCAGAAUGCCCAGACUCAAACGCCUGUGGAGAUCGACGAGGCAGCCUACCAGGAGUGGAGACACCUUUGGCUACGCCAAAUCUUGAUAGCUGGCGAGCGCACGGCGAUUGUCUUGAAUGACAUCUUGGACAACAAGGGCGCCGCGCGGCUGGCCACGGGCAGCAAGGUACACACCAAAGCUGACGAAGAGAAGGCCAAGGAGCAGGCAGCCUGGGAGCAGGAGAGGCUGAAGAGGCAAAGGGAGGAGCGCAGAACAAGGACAUCAGGAUCUUUGAUCAAUGUUGGAGCGUUCCUGACCAAUCUCUUCGUUGCCAUCUUUACGGUGCCCAUCUUCCUGUUGGUCGCGAACCAUGGGCUCAAUCCGCAGACCUAUGCUGGCCUCAUCAGGAGCAUCUUGGAGAGCCACACUGAGACCGCGACAAAAGGACCAGCCAAGCGAUUCGAGUAG